GAGAGCGAGACGGACGGGCGCCACUGAGUCAGAGCGAGAGAUCGACGGACUCUGAAGAACUACAAAACAACUCCACAAAGAGGCUUCUUCUCACACUACACUUGGAACUUUUCGCCUUGAUUUGUUUCCUGGAAUGAAAUGCUUUUACGUGGAUGACUUGAAUGAUCAGGUCGAGAUCCAACCUGGUAACACCAAACUGACCCGUGUGGCCCAAUUUGAGCCGUGUGGCUCAAGGGAGCAGCUCGCAUUGAGUUCAUCACCAUGUCUUAACACUUCACGCUCCCCUCUGAAAAUCCUGUCCCCCCUUCCCUCUCCCUCCCCCUCCUCCUCCCCUCCCCUCCCUGUAGAAGCUCCCCAGUCCUUUGGUAACCACAGUGCCUCCUCUGGAGCGAUGAGUCUGCAUCAUCAGCAACAGGGGUCUGAGAGGGAUCUACCCUCGGCCACCUCCUCCAUCAGCUUGCCAUCCGUACGGAAGACCCCUAAAAAGCAUCGCCUCUCGCUGCGCUCGCUCUUCCGUCGCCGAUGCGGGGACCCCAAAUCCUGCAAAUCACGGGCACUAGCUGCUGGAGUGGAUGUCAUCGCCAGUGUUGAGAGCGUGCAUUCGGAAAUGUGCCAGCAGCAGGAUCAUGCCUCUGCGCUUUCUGCACCUGGUGUGGCUUCCACCUCAUCUUCAUCCUCCUCAUCAUCAGCCUCCACCUCUGAGCUGCUGGAGUGCCCGCUGUGCCUGCUACGCCUCACUCGAGACCGGUUCCCGGACAUCAUGACAUGCCGCCACCGGUCCUGUGCUGACUGCCUUCGACAGUAUCUGCGCAUAGAGAUAUCUGAGAGCAGAGUCAACAUCAGCUGCCCGGAGUGCUCGGAGCGAUUCAACCCCCACGACAUUUGCAUGAUACUCAACGACCGUGUGCUCAUGGAGAAGUAUGAGGAGUUCAUGCUGCGCAGAUGGCUGGUGGCUGACCCCGACUGCCGCUGGUGCCCUGCUCCUGACUGCGGGUAUGCAGUCAUUGCCUUCGGUUGUGCCAGCUGUCCUAAGAUCACGUGUGGUCGUGAGGGCUGUGGUACUGAGUUCUGUUACCACUGUAAACAGCUGUGGCAUCCCAACCAGACCUGUGAUGCUGCCCGACAGCAGAGAGCCCAGAGCCUCAGACUGAGACCCUUCAGAUCAUCUUCACUCAGCUACAGUCAGGAGAGUGGAGCUGCAGCUGAUGACAUAAAGCCAUGUCCCCGCUGUGCGGCCUACAUCAUAAAGAUGAAUGAUGGGAGCUGUAAUCACAUGACCUGCGCCGUUUGUGGCUGUGAGUUUUGCUGGCUUUGUAUGAAGGAGAUCUCAGACCUGCACUACUUAAGUCCUUCAGGUUGCACAUUCUGGGGUAAAAAGCCAUGGAGUAGGAAGAAGAAGAUCCUGUGGCAGUUGGGCACACUGGUGGGCGCUCCAGUUGGCAUUGCACUGAUUGCUGGCAUCGCCAUACCGGCAAUGAUCAUCGGGAUUCCUGUUUAUGUGGGGAGAAAGAUUCAUAAUCGGUAUGAGGGUAAGGACAUUUCCAAGCACAAGAGGAACCUGGUGAUAGCAGGUGGUGUGACACUGUCAGUGAUAGUGUCUCCUGUGGUUGCUGCUGUCACUGUCGGGAUUGGAGUACCCAUCAUGUUGGCAUAUGUCUACGGCGUUGUGCCAAUCUCCCUGUGUCGCAGCGGGGGUUGCGGUGUGUCUGCUGGUAAUGGCAAAGGUGUGCGCAUCGAGUUUGAUGAGGAGAACGAAAUGAACGUGGGCACCGGAGCAGCUGUGACUGACAGCACUUCAGUAGCAGAGACCAGGCAUAACCCCAGCAUCAGCGAGGGCAGCGUUGGUGGUCUAACGGGCAGCCUGAGUGCCAGUGGGAGCCACAUGGAUCGUAUCGGAGCAAUGAGAGACAACCUGAGUGAGAACGCCAGCACUAUGGCUCUUGCCGGUGCCAGCAUCACCGGCAGCCUGUCAGGAAGUGCCAUGGUCAACUGCUUUAACAGGUUGGAGGUUCAAGCUGAUGUACAGAAAGAGCGCUGCAGUUUGAGUGGGGAUUCUGGCACUGUCAGUCUGGGGACAAUCAGCGACAACGCUAGCACCAAAGCAAUGGCUGGAUCCAUUCUCAAUGCCUACUUGCCUCUGGACAGAGAUGGGAACAGUAUGGAGGUGCAGGCGGAUGUGGAAUCUAAACAUGGGAAGUUCAGACACCACAGCGGUAGCAGCAGUAUGGACGAUGGCAGCAGUGGGGGUCACGGUGCCAGCGUAUGCCCAUCCGGCUGCCCCCACGAGGGCAAAUGUGGCUCUUCCCACUGGGCUAAGGAGCCUUCCUCCACCUCUUCCUCCUCCUCUGGCAAGAAGAGCAAAGGUAAAUUGCGCAAGAAGAGUGGAGGCACCAAGAUCAACGAGACUCGUGAAGACAUGGAUGCCCAGCUGCUGGAGCAGCGCAGCACCAACUCCAGCGAGUUAGACUCACCAUCUCUGAGUGGCAGCCUGCCCUCUGUAGCCGACUCGCACUCCAGCCACUUCUCUGAGUUCAGCUGCUCCGACCUGGAGGCCUGCAGACCCCCCUGCUACGAGACUCAUGGUCGACAUCCUAACACGGGCGGAGCGGUCAGCCCUCUCCCUGAAGUCGAGCACGACCGGUUGGAAAACUGUCCUACCUCUGCGAGUCUCCCCCAGGCUUCGGUAGCCCAUCUCACCCCUGACGGAGCGGCUGAGCGCCCCCUUUGCUACAUUGCGGAGGAGAACAUGAGUUUAAUCUAUUCGGCUGAUCUGAAUGCUGGCGCGGGUGCGAGCUUGAGCUCGCCUAAAGAACGCAAUAACAACCUCCCUCAGCAGACUAGCCCUGUGCGUAACGCCUGUAUUCAAACAGAGAUAUAACAAAGGUUUGAGUUAAUUCAAUUCCUAGCUUUUAAAGCUAACCUCAACGUCCACUUUAUAACCAAGGAUUGCACACGAAAUUUUAAAUACAAGCUUGUAUGAGUUUCAUGGAGGUUGUGUUUCAAGGUCGGUGGUUGAUUAAUCGAAUGUUGAAGAAUGAAUGCCACUUUUUACACCGGUCAAGGGCAGGAUAUUCUUAAUGGUUAAAAAGGCUCACUUCUGAAUAACAGGAUGUAUAAGGGCCUGUUAGCUUGGGUAAACAGUUGGACUAAAGCUCUGAACAGAUUCAGAAAGACAACAGAUGAAUGUAAGGCAGCAAGUGAUGCAGAGAAACUGAAGACGACAUGAUAAUGAUGUAGCUGUCAAUCACAUAUGCCUCGGUUUCAGUGUUCAGGGUCACUCUGAUCAACAACCUCAUUAGUGAGGAAUGAGUGUGUGGGUGAAUCUCACAAAGAGUCAUAUUUCAUAACAAAGGUCACAUUUCACCUUAAAUAUUUGGCAAAAAUAAAAUAAAACCCUUUGUCUAGGACCAGUAUUAUUUUUUGCAGUCUAACAUUGACUUCCCAGUGAAUACAGUAAAAUUAUGGGAGUACUUGGGUAAAAAUGAUGCUUCCCCAAAUACCACAAUGCAUCUGGAAGUCUAACUAUUGAGGGGGGUUUACCAUUUUACAGGAUAAAUUACCGUUUUUAUUAAAAUACUUAAAAAGGUAAUACAACAAAUACAUAUAACAUGACACAUACGGUUUAAAUAAUACAUAUAUAUAUUCUUUUUUGCAUUACAGUAAUGAAAAUUUGGAGGGAAAUAAAAUCUCCAAAAAUAGGCUUUUUUUCCCCUCCUUUGUUUUCAUUGUUUAAAGAAUAUGCUGUUUUUUUUUUUGUUUCUUUGUAACAUUAUUUUUAUGACCUUUAAUGCCACUCAAAAAUCUGCAGUUUCCCAGUAAUUUCAGUAGUUACUUUAUUAAUGGGGGGUAAAUAGUAAUUCCCACAAAUUCUCAUUACCAUAAUACUUCUGGACAUUUAUCUGUUGGGUUUUUUUAUUUCAAAUUAUUCCCAGUUGUGAUUUUCAAUGGAUUCUCAGGACCGUUACACGGUUGUUGUUGUUUUUUACUGUAGUACAGGAAAACAUGCUCCAAUGAGUUCUUUAAAUCAGCACUUCAAGAAAUAAAAAUAAAAUAAGAAAAAUCUGAUAAGAAUUUGGAGGGAAAUGCGCUUUAACAUGAAAAUAAUUAUAAAAUGUCACAAUGCCAUUAAAAAAAAUCUCCUAAAAAUAGGCUUUCUUGAUCUUAACUAAAUAAGUUCUUGUUUUUCUUUUGAUUUUGGAGUGAAAUGUGACCAGGGCAAGUUUUAGACCAGUUCUGUGAGUUUUACCCAUGUACUCGGGGGUGUACCUUCACAAGGCAUAUUUACACACAUAUUCUCAGUUACACAACAUAUAGCUUUAGUUGGAGAAAUCUGCGUCUACUCAAAUAAAAGGGUGAUGUUGGGACAAAUCCGACGCCCUCAUUGAGUUGUUCACAACAACAAGACCACGAGGGACCAGGCAAUAGGUUUCUCUUUUCACCACCGUGAAUCUUCUUGUCAGUCAAUGCGUUUCUAAUUUCUUGGGUUUAUUUUCAAAGGUAUGAUUUCUCUCAUCUAGUGUCAUUGCUUAUUUUGUUAUGUUGAAUCCCUUUGUUGGGGUGCUGGUUCCAGCUGAAGAGCCUGUGUGAUGCUGAAUGAAGCUGUUUGGGCGCCCCCUGCUGGUAGGAUUGGGACUUGCCACCAAACCCAUAAUAUUUAAAUUGGAUAAGUCAUGGAGAAGGAAUUUUUUCGCCUCAAAAGAGGGGUCCUUGCCAAGCGAAGUCCACGGAAAUGGGUGUGAACUGUCUGAGAUUGGUUUAUAUUUCUGAAUCAUUAGGCUUUGCGUUCUCUUUAAACAAUGUAACCACCAGUCUACUUAAAUUUCAAAUGCUAUGAUGGUAAUCACCUUCAGGUCAUUUGAACCGCCUUACGAUUACGUGAUUUUCAUUUUCCUGUCUGUAUUUGACUCAUGGUGCCUUUUGGAUCAUAAAAGAAAUCAAGUUUGUUUCUCCGGUUUGUGUCUUAUAAAAUUCAAAUGUAUUUGGAUGAGGCUGAAUUGAAUGUUUAUGAGGUGGCAUGGCAUGUUUCCUCUCGUCCCUGUGCUACACACUCAAUGGUCAACCAACCGCCUACCAAAGACGGCACUCAGGCUCACCUUUGACCCCUGCAUACUUCAACAGCACAGUUUACAGACUCUAUCGCCUCGGAGCGCUGAAUGGCUGAACCUUGUGUUUGCAUUGUCCUAGUCCCCUCACCGACGUGUAUCUCGUUCGAGUUUAUUUCUGUUCGUCUUUCUCGCUGCCGUUCUGGUGCUGCUCCGUAAUCUCCCAAAACUGAUCCAAUGCAACAAGCUGCUUUUGUCAUUGUUCCUUUCAUUUCUUUAGUUUAUUUUUCUUAUGUUUUGAGCCUUCUUGCCCAUAUCUGUAUGAAUAUUAGAUCAGAGGCUAGGGCCAAUUGAUUUCUAACUUGUUCAGAACAGCUUAUGAUGUUUGUAUAUUUGCUUUAAAAUAUGCGUGUAAAUGCAUAUCUAAAUGAAAAUAAAAACAUUGAAUCCACAUGAGAGUUGUCUGUUUCCAAUCAACAAGGAUGAUUUCUUUGUUAAAUAAGCUUUGUGCAUUGUUCAUGGAGACCAGUCUUGAAGUAAAAGGGCAGUAACCAAAAAGUUGUUUUCUAAAGAAAAUGAGGGACGAGUCUAAAUUUUUUUUUGGCUAACGAACAUUA